GCCUGUGGGCUUGCGCCCCAGCCUGCGCCGAGAGAAACGCGCCGGCAUCGCGUCCCAGCCUGGUUUCUUUGCGCUCCACCCUCUGCGCGCUCCUCCCUCCGACGGCACCCAGGGGUGGAGACUGGCCGGGUAGGAGGGUCAAACCGUCGCAGCCUCAGUUGCCCUCGCCCCUGGCGCGUGCACGAGAGCGCGCGCCGCCCAGCCUGGGCGGGGACGGUCGCCGGCGUCCCUCCCCUCCUGCCGUCUCUCCACGUUGCGCCAGGGGCGAGGCGGAGCGGCGGCGGCGCGCAAGCCUGUCCAUCCGAGGAGGAGGCGAGGAGCCGCCUGGACGGCUUUUUUUGGGGAGCGAGGAAGGCGGUGCCAUCAUGUCGGGCUUGGAUUACCUGGCCGCCGAGUGUCUCGUUUCCAUCUCCACCGGAGCCCUGCUACACCCGGCCGCCGGAGCCAAGGAGGAGCGCGGGGCGCGCCCCAUCGUCGCGGCCCCGCCGGAGGCGGCGGGGGAAGCCCUGGGAGGAACCCCCGACGGCGCAGGCAACCUCUCCGGCGCGGCCAAGAGGCACCGAUGCCCUUUCCAGGGCUGCGCAAAAAUCUACGGCAAAUCUUCCCAUCUGAAGGCGCAUCUCCGGACGCACACGGGCGAGCGCCCGUUCCCUUGCAGUUGGCCCUCCUGCCAGAAGCGAUUCGCCCGUUCCGACGAGCUGGCACGCCACCUGCGCACCCACACCGGCGAGAAGCGCUUCGCCUGCCCGCUCUGCGAGAAGCGCUUCAUGCGCAGCGACCACCUGACCAAGCACGCCCGCCGCCACCCGGCUUUCCGCCCCGACAUGGUCCGGAGACCUGAAUCCCACAGCGCCUCUCCCAGUGACUCUGCCGCAAGCAGUCUGGCCGGGAGCCCCGCCCACGACAGCCCCGCCCCCUGAAAUGGCCCCGCUGCUACCCACGAUGCUUUGCUGGCCCCAGCCCACCAGGGACCCUCCGCUGGGCGAAGGGGGUCUGUUCCCGGUUCCCAUCUUGGCGCCUCCAGGGAGCAAGGGUUGCCGCUGGCGAUCGGAGGAACCGUUCCAGGCGACUUGCUUCGGUCCAUUCGAUUGCAACUUUCCACCUUCCCCUGCCCCACGUCUGCCGGGGUUUCUGCCGGCGUCUGGGUCCCCUCGCAGCCCCUUUGACUCGGUUUCCCAACGCAAAGGGACGUUCUCGGUUGGGUGUCCAAAUCGUCCCACCCUGCCGCUCCCUAUCACUUUCCGGAAAAGUCUGGAUUCUCGGCCCCCUUCCCCCGCUCCCCAAUACUCAGGAAAUGGGGGGGGAACGUAGUCUAGAACCCGCCAAACCUUUCUUUGGCCAGAUGCAUGGUUCUAGGAAGCUCAUUUAUAUGGUACAAUGGGACAGAGAUGUCCACAAUUGCACAUCACCUGGAUCUGGUAACCAAAGGUAGACUGCCUCUGGCUGGGGAGGAACGAUUGCAGUGAACAGAUGACUCCGAGAGGUUCAUAAACAGGGUACGGUAUAAUCCGAGCUGAUCCGGCGUCAUUUGUUCCCGGAACCUGGUCACCAGGGGUAUAUUCACCCCUAAAUAAUCUAUUCCUUGCUGUCAUGGCUGCCUGCAAUUAUUCGGAACCCAGCCUUAAAAGGGAAAACAAAUGCCGUAUUUUUCGCUCUAUAAGACGCACCAGACGCACCUAGUUUUUGGAGGAGGAAAACAAGGGGAAAAAA